AAUCAUGAGUCAUUGGUCCGAUGGAAUGUCAGGGCACAAUGAUUUUUUAAAAUAUAUAUUUCAAUUAUCGCCGAGCGUGUUGCCAACGACUUUAAGCGGAUUAAUUUUAGUAAUUAGGUUGGAUGGGAUAAAUUGAGAUAUAAAUAGUAGGACAAAGAUCUUUAUAUAUUUCAAUUGUUAAUACGCAAUAUAAUUACAACACACUCGAUGCAAGAAUACUGCGAAAACGAGCAGUACCGAACUUAGAGCGGUAGUCCCCCGUUCGGAGGGGAAAACGACGUCAUUUUUGAUUUAAUCAAACAUAAACAUUAUUUAGAACCAUUCGAGACGUCCGUAUAGUGAUUUUACGUUACUCAAACGUGAUGCCAGUUUAAUUUAUUCGUACAGCGUAUUGACAGAACAAGUUCAUAUUUUCGAAACCAGAUUCAUGAUGCUGUUUGGUAUAUUUUUCAUGUUUGGAUUUUAUAUUUCGGCAACCGCUCAAGUUCAGAAAGGAACCCCAUGUGAAACGCCGCAACAGCAAUACGGCCUCUGCGUUGAAAUAAAGCAGUGCAAAUAUCUACUCGAUAUACUUCGAGCGGGAAUCACAGCUGAAAUUGCCACUUACCUUCGAAGUUUUUCCUGUGGUUUCAGUGGCAACACCCCUUUAGUGUGUUGUCCUCAAACUAACGUCAGAAAUCCGAUAGACGAUGUCGAAGUACCAAUCGACCAAGACCAAGAUGAUGACAAUAAGCAGAUAGGGGAACCAGUUCAACUUUCUAGAUCUCCAGAUUGUGGCUUCAGCAAUGUCAGCUUUCCGAGAAUUGUCGGAGGGUUAAAUGCGAAACUAGGAGGUUUUCCUUGGAUGGUUGCUCUCGGCUACAAAAAUUCCAAGAUCCCAGAUCAACCAAAAUGGCUUUGUGGCGGCACUCUAAUAACUCAAAGGCAUGUUUUAACAGCCGCACAUUGCGUAAGCGGGCGAAGAGAUUUAUAUUUGGUUCGCCUUGGUGAAUUAGAUUUGUACGAUGACAAUGACGGAGCAUACCCGGAGAACAUUCCAAUAAAAAGUAGCAAAGUGCAUGAAGCUUAUAGCGCCACUCAAUUCACCGACGACAUUGCCAUACUGACGUUAGAACGCAAAACGGACAAUCCUACAGUAAGGCCCAUCUGUUUACCGUGGGAGAGAGAAGUAAGGACCAAAGAUUUCAUAGGGUUUCGUUUGUUUGUCGUCGGUUGGGGUUCGCUGUACUUCAAUGGACCUUCCAGUUCUAUUCUACAGCAAGUAAUGGUUCCAGUAAUUGAUAACGAUAACUGCAAAAGAGCAUUUAUGAACCGAACGGUGAUCGACGAUAGGAUUAUGUGCGCUGGAUAUUUGAUGGGAGGGAAAGAUGCAUGCAAAGGAGAUUCUGGGGGGCCCCUGAUGUAUGGAAAGAAUCGUGGGCAUAAUUCGACGUUUUAUUUAUUAGGAGUCGUAUCAUAUGGGUAUCGAUGUGCCGAGGAGGGAUAUCCCGGAGUUUAUACGCGUGUUACGCAUUACAUUGAAUGGAUCCAGAAAAAUUUACUGUGUGGCUUGGAGCAUAUUAAUAGAAAAAAAAACAAGGAAGAGGGGUGCUUUUUUUACAACCCAAACUAUUACCCCGUAAGGUUAGUUAUAUCUGAUGAGCAUGCCGAUAAUCUAGCCUGGGAGAGUUCAUUAUCAUCGAAUUAGUCCAAGUUAUGGAGC